AGCAAUCCUUUGCCACACAUGUGCUUCCUCCACAUAAAAACCAUUGUUAUUGCAGGGACCAUUGUCUCUUUAUUAUAUUACUUCAAUAUGGAUCAAAUGAAGAUACAUUACAUGAGUUGUCGCUGUGAUUGUGAAGAGCUUGAAAACAGAGGAGGACAUCAAGAUUACACCACAAAACGAAGAAAAAAAAAAGAAAAGCUGAAUUGUCAGUUUAUUCUCUGCAAACGUGCGGCCUAAGUAACAACAACACAUGUCGAACUACGGAGUGAAGGAGCUCACAUGGGAAAAUGGGCAACUAACGGUCCAUGGUCUAGGCGAAGGAGUCGAACCAACAACAGCCUCAGCUAACCUUUUAUGGACUCAAGCUCUCAACGGGUGUGAGACUUUGGAGUCUGUGGUCCACCAGGCGGCUCUGCAGCCAAACAAGCUGCAGAGCCAGAAUGGACGGGACCACAACAACUCUGAGAGCAAGGACGGAUCCUGUUCAAGAAAACGCGGUUAUCCCCAAGAAAUGGACUGUUGGUUCUCUCCUCAAGAAGAGAGUCAUAGAGUUGGUCGUCACAGCGUCACUGCAAGUGCAAGUGGUACCAACAUGUCUUGGGCUUCUUUUGAAUCUGGUCGUAGCUUGAAGACCGCUAGAACCGGAGACAGAGACUAUUUAUUCUCUGGAUCGGAAACUCAAGAAACUGAAGGAGAUGAACAAGAGACUAGAGGAGAAGCUGGGAGAUCUAAUGGAAGAAGAGGACGAGCCGCAGCUAUUCACAACGAGUCUGAAAGGAGAAGGCGUCACAGGAUAAACCAAAGGAUGAGAACACUUCAGAAGCUGCUUCCUACUGCAAGUAAGGCGGAUAAAGUCUCCAUAUUGGAUGAUGUAAUCGAACACUUGAAACAGCUACAAGCACAAGUUCAGUUUAUGAGCUUAAGAGCCAACUUGCCACAACAAAUGAUGAUGCCACAAUCAGUUCUCAGCAUCCAACACCAACAACAACAACACCAGCAGCAGCAGCAGCAACAACAACAGCAACAGCAACAGCAGUUUCAGAUGUCUUUGCUUGCAACAAUGGCGCGAAUGGGAAUGGGAGGCGGUGGCAAUGCUGCUUAUGGAGGUUUAGUUCCUCCUCCACCACCACCGAUGAUCCCUCCUAUGGAUAACAGAGACUGCAUCAAUGCCUCUUCAGCUUCCUUGACUGAUCCCUACAGUGCUUUUCUCGCACAGACAAUGAACAUGGAUCUAUAUAACAAAAUGGCUGCAGCUAUCUACAGACAACAGUCUGAUCAGACUACAAAGGUAAAUACAAGCAUGCCCUCAAGUUCUUCUAAUCACGAGAAAAGAGAUUAGUCCUACCUGAGUACUACUAUUAAGAUCAUGAACGUUCAUUGUAUCUUGAUUGUAAGAAAAAAAUGUAUUUUUGAGUAUGGUAAAAAAAAACUUGUAGAGAUAAAACUUGAAAGCUUUACAACUUCCUCUUCA